GGCCCCUCCUGGCGUCAAGAUGGCGGCGGGCCUUCCUCCCCCCUUGCCGGAGUCGUUCUCCGUGGCCGAGGAACGGAGCGGGCAUUGCGCCGUGGUGGAUGGGAACUGUCUUUAUGUGUGGGGGGGAUACGUGUCAAUAGAAGAAAAUGAAGUCUACUUACCUAAUGAUGAACUCUGGAUCUAUGAAAUUGACAGUGGAUUAUGGUCGAUGCACCUCAUGGAAGGGGAGUUGCCUCCAUCCAUGUCUGGUAGUUGUGGCGCUUGCCUUCGUGGAAAGCUAUACCUCUUCGGCGGAUGUGAUGACAAAGGAUACAGCAAUGGGCUUUAUUAUGUUAAUUUGCGAACAAGAAAUGGAACCUAUUUAUGGAAAAAAAUCACAGACUUUAAAGGUCAGCCUCCUACACCACGUGACAAACUUGCCUGCUGGGUAUAUAAAGACAGGCUAAUCUAUUUUGGUGGUUAUGGCUGCCGGAAACAAAGUGAGCUGAAUGACUGUUUUGAAGUUCAUGAUGCAUUUUGGGAAGGUCAGGUGUUCUGGGGAUGGCACAACGAUGUUCAUGUAUUCGACACAACUCUGCAGGCUUGGUAUCAGCCGACAAUUAAACAAGGAGUUCCGCCUCAGCCUCGAGCAGCCCAUGCCUGCGCAGUCCUGGGAAACAAAGGAUUUGUCUUUGGAGGACGGGUUUUGCAAACAAGGAUGAAUGAUUUGCAUUCUUUGAAUUUAGACACGUGGGUGUGGUCAGGACAAAUUUGUACAAAUGGAGAAAAACCAAGAGACAGAUCCUGGCACACUUUGACGUCUCUAGCAGAUGGCAAACUUUUCCUGUAUGGUGGGCUGAGUUCAGACAAUGUACCCUUAAGUGAUGGUUGGAUGUAUGGUGUUGCAACAAAUGAAUGGAAGCAACUUGCAUACUUGCCACAGAGCAGACCUAGGUUGUGGCAUACAGCCUGCCUUGGUAAAGAAGGUGAAGUGAUGGUUUUUGGAGGGAGUAAAGAUGACUUGCAUUUCCUGGAUACGGGACACUGCAGUGACUUGCUGAUUUUCCAGACACAGCCGUACUCGCUUUUCAGACUGAGCCUCGAUUGCAUUGCUAAAAACACUGUUCUCUUGGAGAGCCAAAUUUCCUGGUUACCAUCCAGACUCUUGGAGGAAGCUGCCGAUAAAAUAACUUUCUGGGCUGCCGUGAACUAUCGCCAAGAAAAGAAAGCCAAAGAGGAAGGGCAGGAGCAGAUCCAGGUCUCCUAGCAACCCUCCCAUGUGGGCACAUGACACGGAGCACCAACUGUCGCUAGAAAUCAAUUAGAAAUAUUGCAGGUCAGCUGUUUGAUCAACUGAGUAUCUAAGGUUCAUUCAGGUUGGGAGAAUUAGAAAUUCGCUGGUUUCCUGAUGCAUAAGAAACAGUUGCAGAUGUUUAUCAGUGGUGCACCGGCUUCACUUUGGAGCUUUGGCAGUUAAUUACUUUUAUUCAGUACACUGAGCCAGCCAGUUGAUCCAGUUAUUAUUAAAAUUAAAUUAAUGAGGCUUCAGACAGUCAAGAUUGAUUAAGGCACAUUUUUCCGUAUUGCGACACUUUUGCCAUUGUCUGAAAACUCAAGUUUCUUUAAUAUAAUCACAGCCUAAAUGGAUAACACUGUAAAGGGGAUUGAAGAUAGUACAGGCUGUUAAGACCCUGCUAUACAAACACUAUACAAAUACUGCUACACAAGUACAAGUUGCACUGUGUUAAAUAUUUUUACUGUGCAUUUUCAAAAUGCUUUCACUGAACAUUGAUUGACUGUAAUUAAUCAUUGUUUUGAAAAAGUUAUACAUAGCACCUGUUGGAUAUGUAAAGUUUGUAUUGAACUUUGUUGAAAAUAUUUUGUUUAUUUAUUGUAAAUGUAUUUAUAAAAUACUAUUUUCCUAUCUGUUUUAUGCAUUUAGUUAAUAAGGAUCUUGUCAUUAACAUUUCUUCACUUUGAAUAGAAUGUUACUGUGAGCCGCUUUUAUUCACUUGCCUAUUUGAGCAGAGGGCUUGAAAAAACUACUUGUUCAGAAGUUCUGCUCUUAUCACAAUAAUCACAAAGCGCAUAUACUUUAAGGAAAUUAAGGAGGGGGCUUCAGCCAUAGGAUGUUAUUUUAUAUCUCAGCAUGAAUGUUAAGCUGUGUUUUCUUUUAAGGAGACAUUUGAUACCAGCAGUUAAUUUCUGUUGCGGAAGAGGCAAUGCCAGGUUUGUUUGGUUUUUUUUUUUUGGUUUUUUGGUAUAAAUGGCCUUUGCUCUCUGCCAGAAAUGUAAGCUAAAAUGGGGAAGGCAGGUCACCUCCAUCCCUCAGACUGAUUGUGUAACUUACCAAACAAAGGGGCCUGUCACAGCCAUCGGUCUUGCACGUCCUGGGGUGCAAGACUAUGCCUGCUCAGGCAAAACACAGUUCUACAAUUCCCAGCAUUCCCCAGACCAAACGGCUGCCUGGGGCAUGCUGGGAGUUGUAGAACUCUUCGUCUAAACAGGCAAAGGCACCAUUAAGGAGCUAAAUGUAAAUUACUGAGAAUAUUAAUCUUGCAUUGAAUUCAGUGGGUUAAGCGCUUGGCUCUGUUUAGCAGUUUCCGUGAUGUUGCGCACGGAGGGGAGGCCAGCUGCUUCGGGGGCAAUGGCACAUUGUACCUUAAAAACACUGUAAGGAGAUGCCUGCACCACGCCGCGUUUUCUCACAGGAUCCGCCCCAGCUCUGCCUCCUCCCAAGCUAAUCUGCUUGGCAUCAGUGCAGCAAAGGUGCCGCAGCCCUGGAGUGAAUCUGAAGUCUUGGCCGGCGCAGCAAACACUUCCCUUUUCUGUAGCGCUGUUCAAGUGCCAAGGUGGCCAUCCCUUCGUUUUCUGGAAAGUCCACCCUGUCUUUAACAACUGCCCGGCUAAGCUGAAAUACAGAAGCAAUGCUUUCCCACCUGCUGAUGUAGCGAAGGGAGCUGGCGCUCCUCGUGCGCCUUCUAACGGUGACAAUUUGGCACCAGCCCUUGUGGGAUAGAAGUCCUUUCUUCCAUCACUCAAACUGCUCUGACUGUAUAUGAACAUUUCCUCUCCCGCUCCAGGGUUUUUUUAAUUGGAGUCCUAAGACAAGGUCCUGUGAUUCACAAAUGCAGGUUUUUCAAAAGGAAGUCACGGAUGUGAAUGCUCAAAAGGCCCAGCUUUCAGGAUAAAAACAGCCUUCAGAAUGGACACAGGCACCACUGGUUUUGGAGGAUGUUGCGAAACAUCCAGUUCUUACAUUAUGCUUCUCUGUAUGUGCAGGACGCUCAGGCUUGCUGGGUAUACCAAGAAUGAAGGCGUGCUUCCGGAAGUGACAUAAGUAAAGCGACAGUCUGCUGGGAGGGCCUCCUGUGCGAGCCCCCGGAGACUGCAGGGGUGCAGAGGAAUGUUUUUGAGCGGUUCCCAUGCAUUUCAGGUGGGGUGUGAGCAGAAGAACAUUUUUGGUGGAAUGUGGCCAGUCUUUAGUAGUGAUGGCCAUGGAGAGCUGCAGAAUCCGAAAUCUUUGUGCUCGGAUUGGUGUGAGAAUUACCUUUGACUUCUGCAUCAAACCAAAGAAACAAUGAUUGAAUUGUUGCCAUAAUAUAAAAUCCUAACAAGGACAAAGUCAGAGUACUUGACUCCAAAGUUCACUAGCAAGAUUUUGGUAGGUAUUCCAUACCUGAGGUAGCAAAUUCUGAUAAGGAAGUGAAGUAUUCAUUAAGUUUCUCACAUUGAAAUUGUGCUCAAAACCGGCUCCAAAAGUGCCUUCACCACCUCACUGUUUGAUCCACGUUCUACAAUGCCUGCCAGACGCCUGUGUGACUUUUGUGUCCGUUUUUCAAUAUGGAAGUAAAACUCUUUAAAUUUUGA